UUUUUUGCGAAAGUUUUUUUUUUGAUUUAUUAAAAAAUCUUGAAAAUUUUCUUGGGCUUUGUUUUCAAGAAAAUAAUGGAUUUUUGAAGGUAAGUUUGACUGUAAGUUUUUCGUUUCUUGGAAUUUAUAUGGAACGUAAGGAAAGUACUAUGAGUAGCAGUGGAGUAACAGUGGUGGGAUCAGAUGCUCCCUCGGACUACCAUGUGGCUCCAAGGACCACAGAGAAUCCAAGCCAGUUGAGUGGAUCGGAACCACUGCCACCUGUGAUUGUGACGCCACCACAGGUGGGUUUCACACCGUCGACAGCAGUGGCUGCCGGGGUGGAUGGCACCACCACUGUUAAGAAGAAGAGAGGCAGGCCUAGGAAAUAUGCCCCUGACGGCUCUGUCACCAAAGUUAUCUCCCCUAAGCCGAUUUCUUCCUCGGCUCCUCCUCCGGUUAUCGACUUCUCGGCUGCUCAGAAACGCGGAAAAAUACAUCCGGUCGGCUCGACCAAGAAGUCACAGAACCCUAGAAUGGAGUUGGAAGGUGAAUUGGUUCCGUGUUCUGUGGGUUCUAAUUUUACCCCUCAUAUAAUCACUGCUAAUGCUGGAGAGGAUGUGACUAUGAAGGUUAUAUCAUUCUCUCAGCAAGGGCCUCGGGCAAUAUGUGUUCUCUCUGCUAAUGGAGUGAUUUCAAGUGUAACUCUUCGUCAACCUGAUUCCUCUGGUGGUACAUUGACAUAUGAGGGUCGUUUUGAUAUACUGUCAUUGACUGGAUUGUUUAUGCCAUCCGAGACUGGAGGAAUCAGGAACAGAUCUGGCGGUAUGAGUGUUUCAUUAGCAAGCCCAGAUGGGCGUGUUGUAGGGGGUGGAGUUGCUGGUUUAUUAGUUGCUGCCAGUCCUGUGCAGAUUGUGGUUGGCAGUUUUCUGGCGGGGAACCAGCACGAGCAGAAGACCAAGAAACACAAAGCAGUGUCAACAACUGUUACACCUGCUGCUAUUCCUAUCUCCACUACAGGAGUAGAUGAUCCAUAUCGAACUUCCCCUUCUUUCCAUGAAGAUAACUGGUCAAUGCAUCCCAACUCGAUGAAUCAGCCCGCUGAAAUCAAUGUAGCUGUCCCUGGCGAGUAGCCUAAUAGACAGCAUUGAUUAUACAAACAGUUUUUACUGACCUCGGUUUGCAUCAGACUCCUAUUUAUGGUUAUCCCAGUUUAAUGAUCUUACUACAUAUCUUGUUUGUCUGUAAACAUAUUACCGGGUGCUGAUAUAGGUCGGGUUUGUGUAGUGACGUAGCUAUUUAAAAGCGUGGUAGUUCAGCCUUUUUUUCUAGCUGCUGUUUAGUUGUAGAAUUUUUGGAUGUGUAAUUUACAAAUAUCCAAGUUUAUGCAGUGUGAUUCCUGUUCUAUUUA